UAAUUCGUCGUUCGUCAAAUUCAAUGGCGGGCUACGUUUGUUGACUUUUAUUUGUUGUUGUAACGGAAAACUUAAAUUUUAUUUAAAAAUAUAGCUUAAAUUAGAUAUAUAAUAUUUGAGGACUGUGUUUUAUUAGUUACGAAAGAAAUUUAAAAGGUUUAAACAUGAGUUUCAACUUUGGUUCUGCUACUACGACAGCGGGAAUCACGUUCGGCACAAAUUCACCUUCUACAGGUGGUACAGGAUUUGCAUUUGGCAGCGGGGAUGCUGCUAAACAAGGACUAUUUGGAGCUGGAAAUGCAGAAAACAAGCCAGCAUUUAAUUUCUCGAGUCCUUCAGGUGGGGGUUUCUCGUUCGGUGCUGCUAAAACUACAGCGGCUGCUCCUUCAGUUUUUUCAACACCAGUGACUAGUACUGCGGCUCCAGCGUUUGGUGCUUCAAAACCAAUAAGCUUCGGUGGCUUCGCAUCACCACCCAACCAGACUGUUGGCAGUCCAGGAUUUCCACAGAGUGGAGCUACAGCGGCACCUACAUUUGGUACACCAACCACACAAGCUACAACCGGUUUCGGCGCAUCACCUGGUACCGGUUUCGGUUUCGGCCAAUCGGCAACCACACAGCCGUCUACAACGGGUUUCGGUGGACAAGCAGCUACAACCGGUUUUGGUAGUACACCGGCUACAACUGGUUUUGGCAACCAACCUGCUGCGGCAACCACCGGUUUUGGUUUCUCUACACCUGCUUCUGGUUUCUCUGCGGCUCAACCUCAAGCCAGUACUGCUGCAACUACAACAUCAGCUGCUCAACCAACCCAGUCGUUCAUGGGCGGGGCCACAGCCGGUUUCGGCCAAUCAGCGUUCGGCGCUAAACCAGGCUCCGCCUUCAGCUUCGGUGGGGGUAACGCUGCAGCGCCUGCGUUUGGUACUACGCCUGCUACUACUACAACCGCAUCAAGCGCAUUCGGUCAGAAACCAGCACUAGGUUUCGGUUCCAUCAGUGCUACUACAGCGCCUACAAGUCAGACGACCACUGCGCCGGGACAAACCGGGCUUAGUUCUGGAAUUAGCUUCGGUCAGACCACUACAGCUACUACUGCGCCUACAUUUGGUACUGCGACUCCAAGCUUCCAGACUGGGCAGUUCGGCGGCUUGACUGGUGCACAACAAUCAACGCCCAUAAACUUCAGCACGCCAAGCAGUCAACCACAAACGGGGCUUAACUUCGCGCCAGCCUCAACCGCUGCACCGACUACCUCGCUUGGUUUCGCCACAACCCAAUCCGGGCUUACUUUCGGAGGAAGCUUAACCACCCCAGCAACUACCACUGCUACUUCAGCACCGACCUUAAAACCACUCCUGGGUCAAGCAUUACCUGCUGCACAGUUUCCUAAAACAACUGGGUCUUUAAGCUUCACCCCAGCUACAACACCAAGUUCUACAGCAACUACUUCAGCCGCGCCCGGCCUUGGUGCGUGGUCUUCCCCAUUACCGACCACCACUCAACCUGCUACCGGCCUCAGUUUUGGAACAACUGCAACUACUGCAACCCCGGCGCUCAGUUUUGGUACGACUGCAACUACGUCGUCGUUGCAGACUGGUUUUGGUUUGACGUCGACGGCAGCGAAGCCUGGGCUUAGUUUUGGGAAGCCUACCACUUCGGUUGCUGCGUCUUCUGCUGCGUCCACAACAGCUCCGUCCGGCAUCAUAGCUCUCGGUAAAACUACUGCGACCACUACCAUGGCGUCGUUGACUACAGCUACUACUACAACAGCCGCGGCGCCUCCACAGCCGGUGACCUCAAUAACGUUUGCCCAGCUCGAAGAGAACAUAAACAAGUGGACGCUAGAGUUGGAAGAACAAGAGAAAACCUUCAUCAACCAAGCUACGCAGAUCAACGCGUGGGACCGACUGCUUAUUGCUAAUGGAGAGAAGAUAGUAGAACUAAACGACGCGGUACAAACAGUGAAGAACGAGCAACAAAGCUUGGAACACGAGCUCGACUUUGUACUAGCGCAACAGAAAGAGCUAGAGGAUCUACUAGCGCCUAUGGAGAAACAGUUGUCUGAAGAAACUAUGGAUAGGCUCAGAGAUCCCGAGAGGGAACACAUGUAUUCACUAGCAGAAAACCUAGACACACAACUGAGACAGAUGUCAGAAGACUUGAAGGAGGUCAUUGAACAUCUGAACGAGACCAAUAGGAGUCAAGAUAGCAAUGAUCCAAUCGUCCAAAUCGGUCGCAUCCUCAACGCUCACAUGUCGUCCAUGCAAUGGAUAGACAACUCCAUAGCCCAAAUAUCCACAAAAUUGGACCAAUUAAAGGCAACACACGAUACACUACGGCGAGACAACGAGAGAUCGUACCAACUAACCUACAAUUGAUUAGCAACUCUAUUACAUGUAAUAUAGAAUUAAAUUUUGAGUAAUUCCGUCAGUUGUAAGGACGUAUGUAACAUCUGUAAGAUGAUUUUUCCAUUUAAAAAAAGAAGAAGCUAGAUAGAACAAAUUAAAGUUUAGUCAUUGAUACGUCGAUGCGCUAAAUUUUCAAUAAAUAGUAUCGUCGUGUUUUUCCAAUCCAGAAAAAAAACGUAAACAAGUCAAAUAUUUUUUAAUUUCAUUUACUUGAUGGACAUUUAAAAGAGUGUCCUCUCUAUUGCAGCCUAUCAUACCAAUUGUAAAGCAGUAUUGAGAUAAAUUAUAGACCAGUUCUUCCCAUAUAGCAUCCAAAGAAAUGCUCCCCAUAUAGCAUAAUGAAAACUAAGCACUAUACUAGACUAGGCUAUAUCUUUGUCCAAUAAACCACGGUUAAAUCUCAAAUUAAUUUAUAUCAAAGGAGACAACUGAGUGAAGCAACUGAUUUCAGUAAUCUUAAAGUCACUAUUGUAAUGAGUGAAUGAGAAAAUCGAGGGGACCAUAUGAAAAAGUUGUAGUAAUAGUGGUCCCUAAAGGUACGCGUCCACAGGCCCGCAUCGUACGCACCGAAUCAUCAGCAAUGCCUACAGGCGAUGCAUACUGAUAACGUCAUACGGAAUGCGAACGAUGCGGGCCUGUGGACGCUUACCUUAACUCCAAGAAUUAUAAAAUUGUACCAGGAAAAGACUAGGAACCUCUGGUAUAGACUAAUAAUAAUUAUUGUGAUUUUUAAAUUGUAAUUAAAAAAAUGUUAAUGAACACAAUAGACUUAAAUACUUCUCUUUGUAUUGACAUAAAAAUUGUUUUUUUUUCGUUAUGAAAAUAUUGUAAUUUCUAGUACUUACAUACAUAUUUCUUCAUUCAUCUCUUUGAUUUAGUUUUUAUAAUUUAAUACCAGUGCAGACAAAAUUGUUUGAAAUUGAUUGUUGAAUUCUUUUUAUUUAUGUAAAAAGUUCUACAGUGAAAUAAAAGUGAUAAUUAUUUCAUA